AUGGCUCCGAAGCGCUCGUUGCCGUCCGGCGUGCUCCGCCCAGAGAAGCCGCAGGGGUUUCUAGUGGUGCCCGACUUCGUCUCUGCCAGCGAGGAGGAGGCGCUGAUACAAGAACUGCGCGAUGGCAAGCGCCACUGGCUCGACAAGGCCCACCUCAAGUUCAGCAACACUCGGCAGCAGGAGUACGGACCGCAGAUCUCCGACGCCAUGGAGCUGGUCGAAGCCGAGCCGAGGAGCCCGCCGGCUAAAACCGCAGCACUGGCACAGAAGGUUGCUCGGGAGGCCCAGCGCCUAGGACUGGCCAGCGGCCUUGGUCAAACCGGAUUUUGCCGGGUGAACCUUUACAAAAGUGGUGGCUACAUGCAUAAACACAUGGACUCCAAGAAGUGCUUCGGGCCUGUCAUAGCCUGCUGCUCACUGCUCUCCGAUGCCACCAUGACGUUUUACGACACCGGUGGCAGCGCCUAUGGCCUAGCGAAGGUGCACGACACCGCCACGGUGGCCAUCCCCAGACGGUCGUUGUAUUUCAUGACUGGACCAUCACGCUCCCGAUGGCAGCACGGCAUCAAGAAGGAUCACUGCCCGAAAGAGAGACUUUCUCUGACCUUCCGAAGUGUCCUGCCCGAUGCGCCUCGAGCAGUUUGCGGCAAAGGACUAAAGAAGCGGCCGGCAGCGAAGCUGUGA